CUACUUAUGAUUGGCACUACUCCCGGCCUGCCUGGUUGCCUGGCAACAGAUCUGCGUCUAUGGCAGAGGACACACUAUGGCUGGUGGUGGCAAUCCAGCAGCCAAGAGGGUGGUGAUAUACCGGAAUGGGGACCCCUACUCUCCAGGCCACCAGCUGGUGGUGAGUCAACGCCGCUUUCCCACCCUGGAGACCUUCCUCCAGGAGGUGACAUCGAUUGUGCAGGCCCCAGUGGCUGUGCGGGCCCUCUAUACGCCUUGUCACGGCCACCGUGUCACUGACCUGGCCGACCUGCAGAAUGGAGGGCAGUAUGUGGCUGCUGGCUUCGAGAGAUUCCGCAAGCUGCACUAUUUACCCCCCGGAAAGAAGGAUUCAGGUGGAAAGGGCAGCAGAUUACCAGGUCCUCCUGUGACUCACUACCCACGUGACAGGACCCUUGGAUCGCAACCACCUGCAGGCUCCCCCUGCUAUAUCCAUGUGUUCAGGAAUGGGGACCUGUUAAGUCCCCCAUUUAGCCUGAAACUGUCCCAGGCUGCCAGCGAGGACUGGGAAACCGUGUUGAAGCUCCUGACUGAGAAGGCCAAACUGCAGGCCGGGGCUGUGUGCAAACUCUGCACCUUGAAGGGGCUCCCACUGUCAGCAAGAGAGGCUCUAGUGAAUGGCCAUUAUUAUGUGGCUGUCGGAGACGAGGAGUUCAAGGCCCUCCCCUAUCUGGAGCUGCUGGUGCAACCCUCACUGCCCAGGGGCUGCUGGCACCCCCCAGACCCAAAGUCUAGGCUCCUCAAGCAGCGGGCCCAUGGCCACAGGGCACAGGUACCACAGCCCUCUUCAAAGGAGCCAAGCCAAAUCGGGCCUUUUUAUGCCAGACCCCAGCAGGCCAUUCAGCGAAGAAGCAGGCUCCCCAUACCCUCAUUUUCACUUCCAUCAGAAGUAAAGGGAGUGUAUGAGGCUCCCCACCCAAGGAAGGAGACAGCAGGGGCCCAGGAAGUGGCAGAUGACCAAGACACCUGCAUAGAGGACCCCUUGGAUCAGAGGGCAGCGCAGAUGGUGGAUGAGGCCCUGUGCCCAGAAAAGCAGCCUGGGGCUGAGGCAGCAAUCUCAGCCUGUCUUGGGAUUCGGCAGCGCCAGUGAGGAACUGGAGUGGCCACUCAGCAGCCACCUUUCAUCCUCCUCUCCAGCAGCCUGUUCCAGAGGACCCACAGCCUCCUCUGGGCUCACAGGAUACUCUGUAGCCCCCUCAGCCCUGCCCCACUCUUCUGCUCCUAAACCUACAGCCCAGUCUUCUUUUCCUUCUGAGUAGAACAGCCCUACCCUUGGAAGCCAUGUUCCUA